CAAAAGCAAUAAGGCAAACGACAGAGAGACUUGCUUUGCUUUCACAAGCAAGCUCCACGCCAACGACCUUUCUCUUUUCCUCCCUCCCUUCCUUCCUUCCCUCCUCCUCCUUCUAUUCCGUCUCCACAUCUUUCGACGCAUUCCAUUAGGCAAAAUCUCGUCUCCGACCUCAUGUCGCAGAGGAUUCCGAGGCACCCGCGGCGAGCCCCAUUGUCCGGUGCCCGGAAACCCGAUUCUCACCGCCUGCCGUCCUCGUCGCCUUCCCCUCGGAGGACCCCACCGCCUCGCCGAUCAUCGGUCAACAGGCAACCGAAGCCGGCUGCCCAGAGCCUCCUGAAGAGAUCGUCUUCGGAGCCAAGCCUGGGGAGAUUCGCCCAGGCGGAGGAUGGCGUCGGUAGGAGGAUCAUCAGGAGGUCAAACCGCGGAGGGAGCGUGUCCAGGCGCGAGACGUGCACGGACGUCUAUGCAGCGGCCUUGGCGCCGUCGCUGUCGUCUUCUUCUCUAGCGGGCAUGGCAUCUCCUCCGCCGAGCUACGAGGGACCGAAGGGAGACGCGAAGGUGGUGGUGAACGUGACGGUGGAAGGAAGCCCCGGGCCGAUCCGGGCCAUGGUGCGGCUGGGGUCCAGCGUCGAGGACACCAUCCGGCUCGUCAUGGACCGCUACGGCCAAGAAGGCCGGGCUCCCAGGCUGCUGCCCCAUGACGCCCUGGCUUCUUUCGAGCUGCAUCCGUCUCACUUCAGCCUCCACGGUCUGGACAGAUCAGAACUGAUCGGAGACGUGGGCAGCAGAAGCUUCUACCUGCGGAGGAGCGGCAACGGUCGCGGGACGAGCGAAGCCUCCGCUUCUUCUUCGGUCCCAGAAGUUGCGUUGGCGAAGUCGGCCUCUCCGCCGAUCCCACCUUCUCUGUUCCUAGCGCCGACCUUCGUCGCCCGAAGGAUCGGGAAAAUCAUCCGGAGGACGCCUAAGCUUUGGAGGUUCUUCAUUUGUUUUCAAUGAUGAAGAGCGUCAUGGAGAUACAUUUAUUGGAGCACAAGACAGCAAUAUUCAUCUGUUUGCUUCAUUUCGCCCUUCGCCUCUUUGAAUUGCCCUGCAUUCUGACCCCCACCACCCAAAAAAAAAAAAAAAAAUCCCUGCAUCAGCUUGUGUAUACUGAUCUUUAAAUCCCAUUUGAUCAAAUGUACAUAUCGUGGCAAUUGGAAAGUAUAUUCCUCUUUCAAUUAGAUAUUAGAAAUUUAUCAUGUGAUUCUUUACACUAUUAUCGAAUACUUAACAAGUAUAUGAACGUUUAGUAUUUUGAAUCUA